AUGCAAAUUGAAGAUUUGCUGGUUCAGAAAGAUUUGGACGUGGUUUUGGGUGACAAGCCAGAAAAGAUGUCAGAUGCAGAUUGGGCAGGUUUGGAUCGAAAAGCAAUGUCCGUGAUCCGUCUCUCGUUGACCAAGAAUGUUGCCUUCAACAUUCUGAAGGAGAAGACAGCAAAGGGAAUUAUGGACGCGCUGUCUAACAUGUACGAGAAGCCAUCUGCAGCGAAUAAAGUUUUUCUGAUUAGAGAGCUGGUGAACACAAGGAUGAAAGAAAGCACUUCAGUUACCGAGCAUAUCAACAAGUUAAAUUCGAUCUUAAACAGACUUGCGUCAGUUGGCAUUAAGUUCGAUGAUGAAGUUCAAGCUUUGCUACUACUAUCGUCUUUGCCUGAUAGUUGGUCCGGAACGAUUACAGCGGUUACCGGUUCAGUGGGACCUGAUGGAUUCACCUUUGAUCAGAUUCGAGAUCUCGUUCUUGGCGAGGAUGUCAGAAGAAAGAGUCUAGGGGAGUCAUCUGGUGAAUUGCUUCAUGUUGGUAGAGGCAGAAGAAAUAGCAGAGGUAGUGGGAGCGGGAACAGACGAAGGAGUCAGUCGAAGACUCGCGACAGCUCAGGUGUAACGUGCUGGAAGUGCAAGGAGGUAGGGCAUUUUAGGAAUCAAUACCCGAAUGACAAGAAAGUGAACAUUGCUGAAGGUUCUGCGAGUGACGAGGAAGUCACUCUGACUUGCUGUGAGGAAAGCAAUGUGGAUUCCUGGGUCAUGGAUUUUGGUGCUUCAUUUCAUGCCACCCACAGCGGUGAAGCAUUGCAGAAUCUGGUUAUUGAAGAUUUUGGAAAGAUACGACUAGCAGACGACAGAGCUCUUGAGUUGGACGAACAGGGACACGAGGUGAAGUUCAGAGAUGGGCAGUGGAAGGUCGUGAAGGGAAAUCUUGUCAUGGCCCGCGGAAGGAAGAGUGGUUCGUUGUAUAUGGUCGACUUACCAUCUGAGGGAGUGACCGUCCCAGUUCAGAAGAGAAACAAAGUACGGUUCACAUAGUCUCGUGGGCAGAAUAAGGUUGUCUAUGCAAGAGAGAAACCUAGAGCCACAGGUCAGACUCAUGAUGUACGAGCGAUGAAAGGUUC